UAUCUAUAUAAACAUUAUUUUCAGGUUAUGUUAUGUGGACAAAAAUAUGCCGAUUUAUAUGAGAUAAAAUAGGCCCGUAUUGCCCGGAGAUAAAUUAAUAAUUUGAUAAAGUAUACAUUUAAAUAUGUUAUGUAAGUAAACAGCUGAGAGUUUCGUAAAAUUGUUGCUCUAUUUUGCUACUAGCUCAAAUCUUUGCAGUCUGUGUAUCUUAUCAAACAGGUAUGAGGUUUUUAGCUCGAUGUAGCUUUCUUAAACAAAUUCCGACCUUUUACUGUGGUCGUGUGACUAGUGGAAAUGAUCAAAAUGCUACUAUAAGGCAGUAUAUGACAUUACUUGCUAGAAAACAACAGGUGUUUAGACGUCGAGUGCAUUUAACAUCAUUGUCUUGUGUACAUUUGUCCGACGAAAAGAAGAAUUUAAUUCAGUACCAGAAGAAAAGUGAGGCGUUAAAAGAUGUAUUUGAACAUAAGAAGGAGCAGCUCAAGGAUACUGAACACAGGAUCAGACAGCGCGGUGAAGAGAUUGUCAGGGACAUUAAACACCAGAAAGAAAUCACUGGACAGAGGCUGAGAGAAAAGAAGGAACACAUCAUCAAAGAUAUCCUGGAGACGAAAGCAAAAGUUAAGGAAAGAUUUGAUGAAGUAGUUGAGAAAGAAAACCCUUUCACAGUUCCCAACUUGUUGUGUGUCAUGAGAAUAGCGAUGUCACCAUAUAUAGGGUAUACCAUCUUACAAGAUAACUAUAAUUUGGCUUUUGGACUUCUGGUAUUUGCGGGAUUCACAGAUUUGUUAGAUGGCUGGAUAGCAAGAAAAUGGAAAGGGCAGUCUUCAGUGAUGGGGUCGUUUCUGGACCCAAUGGCUGACAAAGUGUUAAUAGCAACAUUGUUUGUUACCCUCACAUGCCAAAAUCUGAUUCCACUGGAAUUGACACUGCUCAUUGUGGGACGUGACAUACUGCUCGUUGUAGCUGCGUUUGUCAUCAGAUACAUAAGUCUGCCCCCACCUAAAACGCUAAGUAGAUAUUUCGAUGUGACUUACGCCACUGCACAGCUUGCGCCAACAUUCAUCAGUAAAGUAAACACAACCAUCCAGCUUGUACUAGUGGGCACAACUCUGGCGUCUCCAGUGUUCGGCUUCGUCGACCACCCCGCAAUGCACGCCCUGUGCGGAGUAACGGCAGCCUCCACGAUAGUGUCAGCGAUUAGUUAUGUAGUUAGUAAGGACACAUACAAGUUUCUCAAAAAAAAAUCGUGAUUUUUUCUAUACACAGACAGACCUGUAGUCUUCCACAAAUUUUUAGUUUUGUACCAUCUAUGAAAGAACAAUUUGAAUGAUUAAG